UUUUCUAGUUCUACCUCAACAUCAAUUAUACUCAUUUGCCAGUCUAGUUCCUCUAAUCUACUACUUGAAUUAGUCAUUAGUAUAGUAAGAUACUGCUUAUAUGAUAGCGCAUCUAGUUCAUGUGUCAGAAGCAACCGGUAUCAUCCCUUCGAUAGCUUCCCCGCAUCAACGAUCUCAAGCCUCGAGCGAGACACCAAGGGACGCCAUAAGCGGGGAACAUUAAAUCAAUAUUGGAACCAGUCAAUGUCCAAGCCCUGGAUCCUAGUUUCCCCGGCAAGCCGUGGUAUUGGCCAUGCUUUGACACGGCACCUACUGCGGACAACCACUGCACCGAUACUCGCGACGGCACGGUCCGAUCUCUCGGGUGUUCGUAAGUCGAUCUUAGACUCAAAUGGGAGUGAUGGGGAUAGACUGGACUCGGCAUCUAGUAGACUCCAUAUCACCCGCUUAGAUGUGACACAAGAACCCACUCUCGAGUCCGCGGCAGCUGAGGCAUCUUCGCUAUUCCCACAGUUCACACACCACUUACACUUCGCCCUCACAUUACCCGGCGUCCUAUUACAUCCCGAGAAGAGCCCGCGGGAUGUUAACUAUCAUGACGCCCUGGAAACCUUGCGUAUCAACGUACUUGGCCCGCUACUGUUAAUGAAAUGGUUCGGAGAAUUCCUACCACGAAGGAAUACCGAUAUUUCAUUAGAACCUCUCUUCACUAACUCCGGGAACGAAGAGCCAGCUCACGCAACAUGGCUCACGACCUCCGCGCGGGUAGGCUCUACCUCCGAUAAUAGGCUCGGCGGGUGGUACACGUAUCGGGCGUCGAAAGCAGCAGUGACGAGUUUGACGAAGACAUUUGAUCUGCACUUACAAAUGCGUUGUAGGGAUAGCGCUAUAUCUAUCGCAUAUCAUCCGGGUACAGUUCGUACGGGGUUGAGUAAAGACUAUUGGGAUCGGGUACGCGAGGAUCGGUUGUUUACUCCUGAGUACGCAGCAAGGAGAAUGGUGGACGUGGUGCGGAGUAGGAAGGUUGCGGAGCAUAGAGGGAAAUUUUGGGAUUGGAAAGGUGAGGAAGUGCUGCCUUGAAUUUGGUUCGUGUUGGUCUGAGGUGUUGGCUUGCGUUGAGCGAAGAGAACGUUGUAUUUUGAAUAGCGUUGGAUUGCGGACUUGAGAUACUGCAGAUCCUAUUAGCCGUUGCCUUCAUAUUUGAUAAAACCUCUCAUAUUCCC